UUCCUUCUCUCUAUAUUGACCCCGAUUCCAUCCUCUCGCUCAACCUAGAUCCUUUCUGUCAGGAUGAGUUUUCAGGAUAUUGAAGCCGGACGACCACUGAACUCGAGACGAGAUCUCAUCAAUGCGAAGCAAGAUCCUACACAAGCUGUUGCCUCAGGAAUUUUCCAGAUUAAUACUGCCGUCUCAACCUUCCAGCGACUCGUCAACACGCUUGGAACACCUAAGGACACUCCUGAGCUCCGUGAGAAGAUUCACAAAACAAGGCUGCAUAUUGGUCAAUUGGUGAAGGAUACUUCAGCUAAGCUUAAACAAGCUAAUGAAACAGAUCAUCAUGAUAAUGUUAGCGUGAGCAAAAAGGUUGCGGAUGCUAAGCUUGCGAAAGAUUUCCAAUCAGUUCUGAAAGAGUUUCAAAAGGCUCAGCGGCUUGCAGCUGAAAGGGAGACAGCAUAUUCUCCUUUGGUGCCUAAAGCUGCUUCAAGCUCCACUACAACUGAUACUUAUGAAAGUUCAGAUCAGAUUCAGGAGCAACGUGCUCUUCUUAUGGAAUCUAGAAGGCAAGAAGUAUUUCUCUUAGACAAUGAGAUUGCAUUCAAUGAGGCUAUAGUGGAAGAAAGAGAUCAAGGGAUACAAGAAAUCCAGCAUCAAAUUGGGGAAGUAAACGAGAUCUUCAAAGAUCUUGCUGUCUUAGUUCAUGAUCAAGGAGUUAUGAUAGAUGAUAUUGGCUCGAGUAUGGAUAAUUCGCAUGCUGCAACUGUACAAGCAAAGUCUCAACUUGCUAAAGCAGCCAAGACUCAAAAAUCAAAUUCAUCUUUGACCUGCUUAUUGUUGGUGAUAUUCGGAAUUGUGAUUCUCAUUGUUGUGAUAAUUCUGGUAGCUUGAUCAACGUCGAAGUCCACGCAAUACCCGAUUAAGGUUUUGCCUUAAACAGUCCUUUUUCUGUCAAUAGGUUUUAUGGACUAACAUCAGUUCUUUCACCUCCUUGAUAUUCAUUUGUAGUAAUUUUGUGGUUUUUCUUCCUUUGAAAGAUGAGAACUCUGAACAGAUUGAUAUUUAUUUCUGCAACAGUAUAUUUUAUUCAUUGA